AUGUCCUCUAGUGCAUUGUCUCUCAAGAAAAAGCUCUUGAAGCCAACCUCAUUUUUUGGUGUCAAGUUAUGGGUUUUGCUUGUAAUCUUCAUUGUUCUAUUCACAGUUCUCACUCUUAUAGUCUUCCUGCUCUGUGUCAUCCAUUACCGUCGUCAAAAAUCCUACAAAUCCCGUUUUUGCUUCCAAAAUCCCAUAGCUUCCAAAAAUCCAAACAAUGCAUAUUGUAGUUCAUCCCUUGAUCGGAGGCUGCUUUCGCUUAACCUUUCGGAAAUUGGGAUGAACAGCGGGAAGCUGCGGCAACAUCAUGGACAGCUGUUUUCAGAUCAGUUGUCCUCUACUCAGCAGGCUAGUGGGAGAAUCCAAAAUAGUUAUGUGACUGACUUGGAAUCGGUUUCUAGGUACUCACCAAUGGUGAAGGAUGUGUGGAGGGGCAACAAGUUCAGUCUGGGGGAGCUUGAGGUAGCAACAAACAGGUUUUCGAAAGAGAAUCUGAUUGGCAAUGGAGAUUAUGGAAUUGUUUAUCAUGGCAUUCUGUUUGAUAAUACUCGCGUGGCAGUGAAGAGGCUUGUGAGUGACAGUUUUCAAGUCGAGGACUUCACAGCAGAAAUGGAGGCAAUCGGGUUUGUGAGACACAAAAAUCUUGUCAAGUUGCUUGGAUACCAUAUUGAAAGAGCAUACAGAUUGCUUGUGAAUGAGUAUGUAGAUAACAAAAAUCUGCAGCAUUGGCUUCAUGAAUGCUCCACACAAGUCAGCCCUCUAACAUGGAGCAUUCGGGUGAAAAUAAUCCAAGGAAUAGCAAAAGGAUUGGCCUACCUUCAUGAGGAUAUUGAACCAAAAGUCCUACAUAGAACACUAACAUCUAGCAAUGUACUGCUUGAUCACCAGUGGGAUCCUAAGAUCUCAGAUUUUGGCCUUGCUAAGCUCUACAAUCCUGAGUGGGGGAUCACUAUACUGGAAUCACUAGGUUACAUUGAUCCAGAAUAUGCUGCCACUGGUGAUUUCACACAGGGGUCCGAUGUUUAUAGCUUUGGGGUACUUAUCAUGGAGACCAUAUCUGGGAGGAACCCUAUAGAUCGCAGUCAACCGCAACCAUAUCUAGUUGACUGGUUAAAGUCCAUGGUUGCCAGUCAAAAAAUUGCUUGUGUGGUGGAUCCUAAGUUGCCAGAGAAGCCCUCUUCAAAGGAACUCAAAAGGGUACUUUUGGUUGCUCUUCGCUGCGUUGAUCCCGAUUUAGAACAUAGGCCUAGAAUGGGAGAAGUUAUUCACAUGCUUGAGCCGCGUGACUUGCUACUCUGUGAUGAUCAAUGGCUUAAGAAAGAAACUUAUUAGCCAAGAGUAAAGCUUCUGCAAGAAUAGCCGCCCUACAAACACAUGAAAGGAUAAAGCUGCAGCAAAACUGGUACCAGAAAAUUGUAUUGAAGUUCAACGAAUGGU